GUGAGGGCGGAAGUGAAGGGAGGGCGACCGGAAGUCGCCUCACGAUGGGGGAGAAGAAAACGUCGGCCCGCGUUCCUGAGGGGGCUCCGCGGCGGGUCCUGGACGCGCCUGCGCGGCAGCGGCGCCUUCACCGCCAGCUGGAGGCGCUCGAGAGCGACAACUUCGGGGACGAUCCCCAGGCGGGGCUGCCCCGGCCCGGGAAGCGGCUCCCGAACUUCAGCGACACCGCCGAGACCGGCAAGAAGAAGAAGAAAACUCGGGGGGAUCAUUUCAAGCUGCGCUUCCGCAAAAACUUCCAGGCCCUGCUGGAGGAACAGAACCUGAGCGCAGCCGAGGGCCCCAAUUACGUCUCGGCCGGGGCCGCCCCGUCCCGGCUGCCCCAGCGCCAUUUCUGCGCCGUCUGCGGCUUCCCCUCGGGCUACACCUGCGUCACCUGCGGGGCCAGGUACUGCUGCACGCGCUGCCUGGGCACCCACCAGGACACCAGGUGCCUGAAGUGGACGGUGUGACCCCGCCCCCAAUAUGGCGGCUGUGGCCACGCCCACAAGAUGGCUGCCGUGAUGUCACCCCAAAAUGGCCUCCGUGAGCGCGUCUUUGUUUGGUCCCCCUCCUAAAAUGGCCGCCAUGGUUCCACCCACAAGAUGGCUGCUGUGACUCCACCCCCAAGAUGGCCGCCAUGGCUCCACCCCCAAGAUGGCUGCUGUGACUCCACCCCCAAGAUGGCCGCCAUGGUUCCACCCCCAAAAUGGCCGCCAUGGCUCCACCCCCAA